UGCUGAACAUGGGAACUAUGCGCAAACCUGAUGCGCAGAAAGCUCUCGGGGCUAAACAUGAUUGUGUUCACAUUCUCCAGACUGUCCCAUUUACUGAGGAUAUCAGGCAGUAAAGCUUCAGUAUUCCGAAACGGGACCGAGAUAAAACACGGAGCAGGUUGCUGUGUGCAGCUGAAAAGAUUCCAGGUCAGGGGAUGCAGUCAAAUGGGUCGAUGAACAAAAAAGGUCUGCAGGAUAGGCAGAAGCAGCAAAUGGCCAGAGGUCUUCCUAAGCAGAAGCCCAUCAGAGACGUCAAACAGGUGAUUGUUGUUGCUUCGGGGAAAGGCGGCGUGGGCAAGUCCACAACAGCAGUGAACUUGGCUCUUGGAUUAAUGGCCAUUGACAAGUCUAAGUCAGUUGGUCUGUUGGAUGCUGACAUCUAUGGGCCCUCCGUUCCCAAACUGAUGAACUUGAAAGGAAACCCAGAGCUCAACGAUGAUAAUCGAAUGAUUCCUCUUAUCAACUAUGGUGUCCCAUGUAUGUCAAUGGGCUUCCUGGUGCAGGACGCAUCCCCGGUAGUUUGGAGGGGACUGAUGGUAAUGUCUGCUAUAGAGCGCUUGCUCAGACAGGUAGAAUGGGGCUCUCUGGACUACUUGGUGGUAGACAUGCCUCCCGGGACGGGAGACGUCCAGCUGUCCAUCACUCAGAACAUUCCCAUUGCAGGGGCAGUCAUCGUUUCAACACCACAAGAUGUUGCUCUGCUGGACGCUCGCAGAGGAGCUGAGAUGUUUAGAAAACUUAAUGUGCCGGUUCUGGGUCUGGUUCAGAACAUGAGCGUCUUCCAGUGUCCCAACUGUCAUCAUCAUACCCACAUCUUUGGAUCCAACGGGGCAAAGCAACUUGCUGAGACGAUCAGUGUCAAGUUUUUGGGUGACGUCCCUCUUCACCUAAACAUCAGAGAGAUGUCGGACAAAGGACAACCCAUAGUCAUAUCUUCUCCUGACAGCCCAGAGGCUGAGGCUUACAGGAAGUUGGCAUCUGCUGUGAUCCAGAGCCUAGAGGAACAUACCAGAUGACUAAAAACUUCUUUCUAUCUUUGUUUCUUUGAUUUUUCUUUCACUCUGUCUUUUUGUUUGUUCCUUUCACCAUUUUUGUGCUUUCAUAGACCUCUGUCAUGUUGAAAAAUCUGAACCUGUAAAACUGUCAAUAAAUAAUUUAAUAAAAUCUUAAAACUUUA